AUGGCUUUCGCUCUUCAUCAUUUUCUCUUAUCUAUCAUAUUCUUUGCAUGUGUCUCAGUGUCUUUAUCCGAGGGUCCAUUCCCUCCUUCCCACCACAAUGAAAAGCCUCCCCCAGAACUUCGCCCUCCUACGCUUCCACCGCCACUUCACAAACCACAACCACAUUAUCCUUCUCCCUUUGUUCCGAAGCUUCCACCACUUCAUAAGCCCCCAUUUGAAGGGAAAACUCCCAUGAAAGAUGUUCACCCUCCAACACUUCCAAAGCCAAAGCCACAACCACAACCACACCACCCUGCUCCUUUUAUUCCAAAGCCACCUCCCCUUCACAAGCCCCUAUCUGAAAGAAAACCUCCCAUGAAAGAUGCUCACCCUCCAACAUUUCCAAAGCCACAACCACAACCACACCACCCUUCUCCAUUUGUUUCAAAGCCACCACCCCUUCACAAUCCUCCUUUUGAAAAGAAACCUCUUAUGAAAGAUGGUCACUUCUCUUUUGCUGCUGGUGCUCAUCAAUCUCCUCCCCUUCCCAACGUCAAACCACCUGUCAUUCCCAAGCCCCCACCAGUGCAUGGAAAGGUGCCUCCUCAUAACAUCAAUGAGAACUCCACAUCUUCCUCCCAUGAAAAGCCUCAUCCUCCCUUGAAGAAAUCUCCUCCCAAGCUAGUAAUAAAGCCCCCACCAAAGCAUGGACACUACAAUCCUCCUCUGAUGCAUAAGUCUCCUCCACCUUAUCCUACUCAUUAG